GAAAAAUGUGUGUGCGCGAGUGUCUGCGAAACAACGGUAUCAGACAGCGCGUGUGACCGGGAACGACAACCGAGAGAGAGAGAGAGAGAGAGAGAGAGAGAGAGAGAGAGAGAGAGUAAAGAAAAGGCGUUUCCAUCAACGAACCGGCAAAACUGUGUAUCCAGACAACCGGGCGGACGGAUAGAACUUGCCUGGAACAAAAACAAACCACUUAUCCACACUAGCCAAUAGAAUUUCGCCAUAACAAUUGCUUUUGUAAUCGCUUUUAUAUGUUUAUAAAAUAAAAUCCAUCACUAGACGGCGUCCCAGAGCUGACAACAUCCUAAACCAACUAGCCUACAUUCCGGAUAGAGGAGCUGACUGAAGAAGCCGAUUUUGCAGCGAGAUUGUGCGUCAAUCGAAUACAAAUCACAUUUUGAUAACUGGUAGAGAAGUGAACACUAUCUCACCCACAGAACAGGGCAUCUCUCUUCGCGGACUCAUAGCCUACACAAAGCCCGGGACCAUGUCGGAGUACAGUUCUUUGCUCAGUGACCUGUCUGAGAACAUCACCAACGAGGACUUGGACCAACUCAAGUCAGCCUGCAAGGAGGACAUCACAGAGGACCAGAGCAACACAAUCACCUCCUCCAAGGAGUGGUUCAACUACCUGGAGAAAAACGAAAAGCUGGCACAGGACAACCUGUCGUACAUCGAGCACAUCUUUGAGAUCUCACGACGACCAGACCUGCUGACCCGGGUCAUUGAGUAUCGCACCACCGUACUCAAGAUCUCUGAGGACGACGAGAUCGACACCAAGCUCACACGCAUCCCCUCUGCCAAGAAAUACAAAGAUAUCAUUCGCCAACCCUCUGAAGACGAGAUCAUCAAGUUGGCCCCUCCCCCUAAAAAAGUGUGAGGUCAUCACCCCUGAUCUUUGCACUUUGACCCCUGGCACUCCAACCAUCUCGACCCCCCCCCCUCCCCACCCCCGUUCCACUAACAGACACCACAUGACACAGAGACUAGCAGCCCCUCUCCAAUUAACCAAUCAGAUCGCCACGAUGCUUCGCUGCCACGUCUGCCGCGAUCGCCUCUUCCCUGACUGAAGGAGGAGGAGAAGACGAGCUCAAGAUGAGAGAAAGAUGGAGAGAACAAAAAA